UCCGGCCGCCAUGUCAAGUCGUCACUCGACAACGGACACUCGAACGAGACGGACGUGGUUUCUAGCAGCAGAAAAUCGAAAGUACGAGAAUUCAGAGGGACUUAGGAAUUUUUUAGGCGUAAAUACAGGCAUGAAGAUGGACGCAAGUACGCAGACGGAUGAAGUGGUGCGCAAGCAUUUCAGCCAGCAGACCGACGGAGAAAAGGGGAAGUGGGUGAAUGAAGAUAAGGAGGUGGAGAUAGUGCAGGAGAUAAAGGGAAGGAAGGAUGAGGAUGACAUUUCGAUCAUCGCGGUGUUUCACCCGAUAUCGUCGAUGAAAAAGAGGACGAGAGAUGUGAAGACGCAAACCGCAUCUUCAACAAAGGAGAAGGGGAUGCAGACGGAGUGGAUGCUCCAUGUGACAGAGAUCGAGGAGUCACGAAGGUCAAAUCGCGACCUGCUCCUUCGCUUUAUUAAGCGCCAAUGGAACCUGAUUGAGGUAAGGGAGGCAGUUAAGGUGCCGGUCAUGCUUUCCCCUAUAAGGGAGUUCGAGGAAAAGGCGGAAGAGUGGAAAACAUGGGGAGCAGGAGAGUUUAGGUGGGAUGACAACACCGAGAAGAAUGAAAACAAGAAGAAAGGGACCAAUGAUGACAGGGAAAAGAAACAAACAAAGAGGAUAAAGGAAGAAGCGGAAAGAAAAGACAAGGAGAACAUAGAAAACAAAAAUGACAACAAUAACAUUGGUAACAGCAAGCACGAAAGAAAGAGGACUAACGACAAGGAGGAAAGACAAAUAAAGGAGAUAAUAAAGGAGGACAAAGGAAACAACACUAACAAUGACGUUAACAAUGAAAAGAAGAGAAAAAGCGACAACGAUGACGGACAAACAAAAACAAAGAAAAUAAAAAGAGAGAUAAAACAACAGGACCUUGAAACCCUAAAUGGGACAAAUUGGUUGAACGACGAGGUAAUAAACAAUUACCUCGAGUUAAUCAGUGACGAAAAAACAUAUGCGAUGAGCUCGUUUUUCUUCCCCCGACUCCACGUAAACGGAUACGAAGCAGUCAAAAGAUGGACUAGAAAGGUCAACAUCUUUAAGUUCGAGAAAAUGAUUGUCCCGAUCAACUUGGGCAACCAUUGGUGUCUGGCGGUCAUCGACUUUUUGGCGAGAAAUAUCGUCUAUUACGAUAGUUUUGGGCGAGAAAACCCGAAAUAUUUGAUCACUCUCCAGAACUAUUUGGUUGAAGAGGCAAAGAACAAGGGAGAGGGUCCAAUCCAAAUUGAGGAGUGGAGUUUGGUGACGAAGAUGAAUAUCCCUCGACAAACGAACGGAUACGAUUGUGGAGUGUUUGUUUGCCUCUACGCUAAGCAUGUCAUAGAGAGGAAAGAAAUGAACUUCUCACAACAGGAGAUGCCCCAGAAACGCCGACAAAUAAGGAGGGAGUUGGAAACGGGGAUAAUCGAGUCAUAA